GCACCACGAGAUUUAAGGCGGUGGGACCUGUUGGCAGAAUGUCUUCUCUCUCUGCAAGUGACCCUGAGGCCACCGAGAUGAGCACUGCAGCCGGGCCUGCGAGCACACCCGGGUGUCAAUAGCCGGGAGCCAAGGAGCCGCCAGGCGCAAUGGUGUACUAGGCCGGGCGCGAGCUCAGGUUUCGCACUCGGAUCUCACGGCAGAGUCACCGUGGAGAGGCCAGGGUACCACAAACUUAUGGAUUUUGACAAGAAAGGAGGGAAGGGGGAGUUGGAGGAGGGCCGGAGAAUGUCCAAGACCGGCACAAGCCGGAGCAACCAUGGCGUCCGCAGCUCGGGGACCAGCUCAGGGGUCUUGAUGGUGGGCCCCAAUUUCCGAGUCGGCAAGAAGAUAGGCUGUGGGAACUUCGGAGAGCUUCGCCUGGGAAAGAACCUGUAUACAAACGAGUACGUGGCCAUCAAGCUGGAGCCCAUCAAGUCCCGGGCCCCGCAGCUGCAUCUGGAGUACCGCUUCUACAAGCAGCUUAGCACAGCAGGUGAGGCAGGCAUGGGGGCAUGGGCACUCCGUGAGACGGGACAGGGCGUGGCCGGGCAGGGGCUCCAGGUGUCCAGCACGCGUGUUUCCUCCGCAGAGGGCGUCCCUCAGGUCUACUAUUUUGGCCCGUGCGGGAAGUACAAUGCCAUGGUGCUGGAGCUGCUGGGGCCCAGCCUGGAGGACCUGUUCGACCUGUGCGACCGCACCUUCACACUGAAGACGGUGCUGAUGAUUGCCAUCCAGCUGAUCACACGCAUGGAGUACGUGCAUACCAAGAGCCUCAUCUACCGCGAUGUGAAGCCAGAGAACUUCCUGGUCGGGCGGCCGGGCAGCAAAAGGCAGCACGCCAUCCACAUCAUCGACUUCGGGCUGGCCAAGGAGUACAUCGACCCUGAGACCAAGAAGCACAUCCCGUACCGCGAGCACAAGAGCCUGACGGGCACGGCGCGCUACAUGAGCAUCAACACGCACCUGGGCAAGGAGCAGAGCCGCCGGGAUGACCUGGAGGCGCUAGGACACAUGUUCAUGUACUUCCUGCGUGGGAGCCUGCCCUGGCAGGGACUCAAGGCCGACACGCUGAAGGAGCGCUACCAGAAGAUUGGUGACACCAAGCGCGCCACGCCCAUUGAGGCGCUGUGUGAGAGCUUCCCGGAGGAAAUGGCCACCUAUCUGCGCUAUGUACGGCGCCUGGACUUCUUCGAGAAGCCAGACUACGACUACCUGCGGAAGCUCUUCACUGACCUCUUCGACCGCAGUGGCUACGUGUUCGACUACGAGUAUGACUGGGCCGGGAAGCCCCUGCCGACACCUAUCGGCACUGUCCACACUGACAUGCCCUCCCAGCCACCGCAUCGCGACAAAGCCCAGCCCCACAGCAAGAACCAGGCUCUGAACUCCACUAACGGAGAGCUGAACGCGGAUGACCCAACCGCGGGCCACUCCAACGCCCCCAUCGCGGCCCCGGCAGAAGUAGAGGUGGCAGAUGAAACCAAGUGUUGCUGCUUCUUCAAGAGGAGAAAGAGAAAAUCCCUGCAGAGACACAAGUGAGGGUGGGUGCAGCCGCUGCCGAGAUCCCCAGGCGGUGUCCAGGAGGCUGGCAGUGUCCUUGGUGGCAUGGGGCUCUUUGGCCCGACUGCAGGCACCAUCUUCGGGGUUUUGGGGUCACUUCCUUCACAUAGGACUUUGGCGGAAAUCUCUACGCCCAUGUCUCGCCCCCUCCGAGAGCAUUAACUAUUUAAAACCAGGAGAGAAGCGCCGUGCGGUCCCCGCUGCGCCCCCAUUAGCUCAUAAAGUCCAGCUUGUCCCCUCGAUCCAAAGGCCGUUUUCUCGAGUGGGGCAGGCCCGGGGCAUGGGUGUUACAUGGGGAGGCCAUGAGGCCUUGGCCACCAGGGGAGGCGCGUGCGCUACUGCAAUGCUGCACCAAAGCUGGGGUGGAGCGCGGGACGGUCACCACGCAGGGACUGGACUGGGCCCCAUGGAGCCAGGGCGGCGGUGACCUGUGUCUCUGCGUGCUGGGCCCACUGGGACAGAAUCGCCUUAACGCCCGACCUGGGGCAGCAGAGAGGCGGUCCCCACGGGAGAGCCAGGCGUGGGUUGCAGGAGCCGAGUUCUUGCUUUACAACAUGUACAGAAAUGA